UUGUAUGUUUGUUUGUACCCGACUCCAUUGCACUCGAUUUAAUCUAAACUUCGUACACUUAUCGAGGACCGGUGACAAUACACUCAUUUGAUAAGUUUAUCUCAUUAUCCUGAUUAGGCGCUUUAUUUAAAUUAAAUACUUUUAUUUUACACUAUUUUUAAUUCAAAUAUAUUAAAAUUUAUUUUCUAUUUUUCUAGUUGGAUUAUCUAUAAUUUUUUACCUGCGAUGCUAUUCAUGGGAUAAACAACUUCCCUCGUGGCUGCAAAACUGUGGACGAUGAGUGAUAGCCGCGGACGUCUCGGGAGGAGAUCGCUCGCGGAGAGAGGGCCCCGUGAUUGAAGGCGAUGAUCGCGGCUGAUUGGAUAAUGCUUGUGUCUGCAGGGAGAAAGAAUGAAGGAGGGAGGGGGGAAAGGUUUAACCUCGCAGGGAAGGGUCCCUCCGCGUGCAGAAGCGACGACGCGAACACCAUGAGCGGCGCCCACCGGCGACCCGAGGCGUCCGGGCGCGCGGGACUGCAGAUGGCCGCUCUGCUCCUGGCCGCCGCCGUCGUCGCCGUCGGCGCUGGACCGCAGCAUCCGGCCGCCAAGAACGGCAACAAGAUGGCCGGCGACCUGACGACCACGGAGCGGCUCAAGAACCACCUGCUGUGGGACUACGACCACACCUCGAGGCCGGGCAGCCACAACGUGACGGUGGUGCGCUUGCAGAUGGUCUUCAUGCACGUGGCCUUGGAUCAGCUGGAGGGGACAAUGACGACCACUGGUUGGCUGAGAAUGUGGUGGUGGGACCAGCGGCUGCGGUGGAACGACAGCGACUACGAGGGACUGCAAGUGGUGCAGGCUGACGUCACGGAGAUAUGGCACCCGGAGAUAUUCCUCUACAACAGCGCGCUGGACGUGAACGACGCCAGCUUCGCGCACACCCCGUGCGUGUUCUACCCGACGGGCGAGGCCAUCUGGAUCGCGCCCUGCGAGCACCACGUCUUCUGCGACAUGGACCUGCGGCGCUGGCCCUACGACACGCAGACGUGCCGCGUGCGGCUUGGCUCGUGGACCUACAGCAACGUGGACUUCCGCCUCAAGAGCAUCAAGUCCGAGCUGGCGCUGCAGGAGACCAGCUCCGAGUGGGAGGUGCUGGACGUGCAGGAGAGCCGCCAGGAGCGCCAGUACCCGGUGUACAGCGAGCCCGUCGUCGAGAUCGAGUACAUCGUCACCUGCCGCCGGCGGUCGCCCGCCUACGCCGCCGUCGUCGUCGCGCCGGCCGUCGUUUCGGCGCUGCUGACGCUCGCCGUGUUCUGGCUGCCGCCGCGAGCCGCGGAGAAGACGGCGCUGGGCGCCAUCACUGCGGUCAUGGUCUGCAUCUUCCUGGCGGGCAUCGCCCAGAAGGUCCCCGUCUCCGCCGGGUCCACGCCCGCCAUCGUCGUGUUCUACGCCGUCACCUUGCACAUGGUCUGCGGCUCGGUGGUGGCGUCCGUUCUGUUGGCCAACCUGUCGACCAACAAGCGCGUGUCGCCGCCGCCGUCGUACCUCGGUGUGCUUCUCGGCGGCGGGUUGGCGACACUGCUGCGGCUGCAGCGCCCCACCGUGGAGGUAGCCACGGAUCAGGGAAGUGCACAGACGGAGCAUGAGGUCCGAUUCUGGACGCAACAAUAUGGCGGCCGUUUGUUUACAAAUGCAUCAGCUGUACCUGCAUUGGAGGUUAAAUUGGAGAAAAAUGUCAACUCAUAUUAUUUAUUUUUAUACAUUUGUAUUAUGAAAACACGUUUUUUGGACUUAAAUAUAUAUGUAAACAUAUUAACCAGUAAUUUAUUUCCAAACAGUUUAACUGCAGUCGUUAAUAAUAGCAGGUUAGAACAGUUGAUGCAAAUAUAAACAAAAGUCCACCAUAUUGCUAUGUGAAAAUCAGAAGAAAAAAUUGGGGGGAAAAAAAAACUGAUUCACAUCUUAUGGCUAAUGCUCCAUCUGUAUCCUUUUAUAAUCUCUGAACAGGGACUUGGAGGCAGUGUUGCCAGACGUACCAGAAUUCGGGCACAGAAUUGGGCCACUACGGUACGCAAAUAUACCCGAAUUUAGGAAAAAGAAAAAAAUAACAGUAAAAAAAAUAUUGAACAAUAUCAACUUGAAGUGUAAAACCAAUCAGAGUGGAAAACAGUCUUUGCCUGGCAAUAACGCACUGACAGUAAACAUCCCUGCCUUUUGGAAAACAGCCACGGCUACGCUACAAUCCUAAGUAUCUCUGGAGAACCACAGGAUCAAGUUGCAGCUCGUCUCGGGGAUAUAUCUCAUUCAAAACAGUCACGCCGUCACAGCUUCACUGUUUUAAGCACACACAAAUUUAUGUUGCCAUAUUUAUAUUACAUGUACCAUUUUCCUACAAUAAUUUGACACCAAUCUUUAACCUGAAAAAAAUUUUUUCAUAUGUGGCUGGAAUUGUUAUAGUCAACGUAUAUUUUCCCUUCCCCACCCUCAAAUUAAGUCAAACGACUCAUUUUAAAAUCCUAUGCAUUGGCCUUAGCAGUAGAGCCAAUAUUGCAUUUGAAAUAUAA